CUUGCUAUCAUCCAACAUCACCGUUUAAGAGAGAGAUGCAACUGAAAGAUGCGGUAGAUUACCCAACAAUAUUCAAUUCAGAUACGAGAAUUAGCAGAGGAUUAUGUACAGUUACAGCGAAUAAGCUCAAUCCAAUAGAAUCACAUCAAUUGUACUAUGAGCUGCACGGUUCAACUGAUAAGGACGCAGAGAAGAUAAUAUUUAUUAUGGGUUUAAACGGUAGCUGCUUUGGCUGGUCAAAGCAAGUGAACAAUUUAGCACCUUCUAGAAAGUAUCAAAUUUUGGCAUUCGAUAAUAGAGCUGUUGGCCACUCAACUGGCCCUAGAGGUCCAUACAGCACAAGUGGUAUGGCAGAAGACGUCAUUGCUUUAUUAGAUUUACUAGGCUGGACAGGAAGCCGCAGUUUACACUUAGUUGGUGUUAGCAUGGGUGGAAUGAUCUCAUUAGAACUUUGCGAUCGCAUACACGAUCGCAUAGCUUCACUCACCCUUGCAGUAACUUCAAGAGGAUACGGUCCAUACUGGAAUUUACCUUCUUGGAAGGGAAUAUACACAUUACUCUCAUUUUUCACUAUGAAGGAUGGUGAAGAGCUCGUACAAUCUUAUCUUGAAUUAGUUUUCCCUUUGAAAUGGUUGGACGAAAUUAGAGAAGGAGAUGGUCUUAAACGUACGAAUAGGGAAUGCGAAAGAGAGCACAUGAUAGAACGCGCAAAGUACUCCAAAAAGCAAGAUCCAUUUGGUGCAAUUUCACAAAUGUAUGCUGCUCUUGGCCACAAAGUCUCUCCAGAUAGAAUGAAAAAAAUUGAUCAGAAUAUACCUAAGAUAUCGAUCGUGUCGGGUGAUGAAGAUUAUCUAGUUGACAUAUCAUGCUCGGUUGAUUUACAAAAGCAUCUACCAAGCGCAACCUACACAAUAUUCAACGAUACCGGACAUGGUUUAAUAAGCCAGCGUCCAUUUAAAUUCAAUAAACUGGUCGAGGAAACGAUCGCAGAAGCAGUGAAGAAAGUUGGAAGAGCAUAAGAUUUCAGUUAGUUUUCACUCAUAUAGACAGAUAUAAGGACAUUAUAACGAAUAUUACGUAAACAUUUACGCUCAUUUCUUUGUUGUAGACACACAAUUCAUAUAUAAAAGCUUGUAAUUCAUGGAAAUUGUUUGUUUGUUU